UUUGUUUUCCACUAUAAAGUUCUUCCCCAAUCUCAUCAGAAAUCAGAAAUCAGAAAUCAGAAAUCACAAACUAUAAAAUCAGCUUGAAAAUCAGAACAAGUAAGAAAGAAAGAAAUGGCAAUGCCAAAAAAUGAAUCAGGAACAACAUCACUAUCAGGUCUAGAUAUAGCAGGAGCCUUCUUUGCUCCCAUCCAAGAAGCAGGUCCACCAUCCCCAACCAAACGACAUAUUAAGAUCUCCAUUAUUGGUACAGGUAAUGUUGGAAUGGCAAUCACUCAAACCCUCCUUACUCAAGACUUAGCCGAUGAGCUCGCUCUCGUUGAUGCCCUCCCUGAUAAACUCCGUGGUGAGAUGCUUGACCUCCAACACGCCGCCGCCUUCCUCCCUCGUACAAAGAUCGUCGCCUCCACGGAUUAUUCUGUUACGGCUGCUUCCGAUCUCUGUAUUGUUACUGCUGGUGCUCGUCAGAUCCCUGGGGAGUCUCGUCUUAACUUACUUGAGAGGAAUGUCAGCUUGUUUAAGAAGAUCAUUCCUCCUUUGGUUAAAUAUUCUCCUGAUGCUAUCUUGAUCAUUGUUUCUAAUCCUGUUGAUGUCUUAACUUAUAUUGCUUGGAAGUUAUCCGGCUUCCCUUCCAAUCGGGUUAUUGGGUCGGGUACUAAUCUUGAUUCCUCUAGGUUUCGCUUCUUGAUCGCUGAUCAUCUUGAUGUCAAUGCCCAGGAUGUUCAGGCAUACAUAAUAGGAGAACAUGGAGACAGCUCAGUGGCACUAUGGUCAAGUAUAAGCGUAGGAGGGGUUCCAAUCCUAAGUUUCUUAGAGAAGCGGCAAAUCAGCUAUGAGAAAGAAACCUUGGUGAAAAUCCACAAGGAAGUCAUAAACUGUGCUUAUGAGGUGAUCAAGCUAAAGGGCUACACAUCUUGGGCUGUUGGUUACUCGGUUGCCAACUUGGCUUGGUCCAUUUUGAGAGAUCAACGAAGGAUUCAUCCAGUUUCAGUGCUAGCUAAGGGUUUCCACAACAUUGAAGAUGGUGAAGUAUUCCUCAGCUUGCCUGCUCAGCUUGGGAGAGGUGGUGUCAUAAGGGUUAUUAACGUACCCAUUACUGAUGAAGAAGCUGACCAUCUUAGGGGAAGUGCUAAGACUAUUCUCGAACUGCAAGAGCACCUUGGUCUUUAAAUUAAUUACAUCCACGUUUAGCACAAUAAAUUCAUGCAUUUUUAUCUUUAUCAUUAUAUGUCUCACUUGUACUAGCUGUCUUCUAUGAUAUAUAUUUCUUACGGAGUACUAGUUACUUACGGAGUACUCUGUAAUAUGUACUGUUUGA